AGUGUUUCUUCGGGUUUAAAUGCGUAAUAACCAUGGUUUAUCAACUGUUUGGUGACUGUGAAAGUGCACAAUUCUGGAGAAAUGAAACAAAGCCGCUGGACGUAGCUUCUCGGGAUCCUCCAAAAAGUCCACUGAAAAAGUCUCAGUAAAUGAUCACCAUUUUACUGAGAUUAUAUUUCAUCACAUAUCAUCUCAUUUGUAAAUUUGUAUUCGUUUUUAAUCAUUUAUGUUAUAUCGCGAUUAGUUUCCGUCGUUUUUUAUUAUUCAUAAACUGUAAAUAAUUAUAUAUUAAUAAUAGCAUCUGGUCCGAUAAAAAUAUCUCCAUAAAAACCAAGCGUAAACUUGUAACAAGUCUUGUGUUUUCUAUUUUCUUAUAUGGGGCGGAGACAUGGACUCUGAAGAAGGCUGAUCGAAGUCGGAUCGACGCGUUAGAGAUGUGGUGCUGGAGGAAAAUGCUGCGGAUUCCCUGGACGGCGCAUCGGACAAACGCAUCAAUCCUGGAAGAACUAGGCGUCUCCUUAAGACUCUCCACCAUUUGCCUACGUAGGAUUUUAGAGUUUUUCGGUCACGUUCCGAGGAAAAAGGGUGACAAUCUCUAAAGACUUCUCAUAACCGGCAAAGUGGAAGGAAAGAGGCCUAGGGGGCGUAGUCCUAUGCGCUGGUCCGAUCAGAUUAAGACGACUUUGGAAUCCAGCAUCAAUGUCGCUAUCCACUGCGCGGAGGACAGAAGUGAAUGGAGGAACAUAGUCCUGACAAAAGUGCUCAGUAAAGGUCACGACCCUCAGAACUGAGGAAUACGACGCACGGAGGAGGAGGUAAAUAAUUAAAGCGACUAAUUAUAAAAAUCUUAUUCCUUGACGCCGGCUAAUGCACAAACCGUGCCGGAGCCAAAAAAUAAAGAAGAAGAAGAUGAAUUAAUAUACUCCACACUAGUCCAGUCACACAUCCAUGGCAAAAUUUGCAUUUCUGCUGCAUGCAAUCGCCUUUCAUCCUCACAUUAAAUUUCUCAAUUUAAUGGUAAACACGCCAUAAAUAAUUUCAUCGAACCUCGUUAAUUUUUGUGUCAAAGAGUAUAAAAUAUAAUCACUACGUUUUAUUUUGUGUAAACAAGAACAAAACCAGCCGGAAACAAAGAUGCGACCAUAAACAAUAUUUUAACAUUUUGACAACGACAGCUGUUUGAAAAUAGUGACAAAAACUGGACGUAAAAUUGAAAUUCAUUUCACAUUUUAUUAAAACUAAGUGUAUGAUAAUGAACGUUGUAUAUUUAUAAAAGUGUUGAAUUUGUUGGUAUCUAAAUAAUGAGUGUGUGUUUAAAAAGAAAUUCAGUUGUAGUUUGACAAUCAACAUGUAUACUUUGAAGGGUAUAUUCCCCGAGCCGAAGAAAGAUCAAAAAAAGAACUUCAUCAAAGAAAAUAUGAAGCAGCUGAAAUACAUUCAGAAACAAUCACCAAAGGAGACUUCUAAGAGUCUUCGAACUCAAGAUAUGACCAACUCUGCUACCGGUAGCACAAUUGGUCAAGUAAAAUCCUCACCAUCAAACAAAAGUGCCAAAAUCAGCUUAAACAUUGGUAAACCUGGUGCUGCAAACAGGAAAAAACUUUCAGACAAUGUACGGAUAAAAAAAGGAGACAUGGCAGAAUUCCUUAAACGCAAAGAACUUAGACAAAUGAAACCUGUAGAUUUACAAAAUGAUGACGAGAACUCCUCAGAAUCAUCUGGACAUCUCCGAGAUGUUGCUUGCCAGACUAUCGAGUCUAAUCUUUCACAAAAACUGACAGAAAGCACAAAAUUAACUGUUCUCUACCCUAAGAAGGAAGAUGAUGGUAAAGUGAAAGCAUGUGGCGAUACUGGUCUUCAUCGAAGUCCUCCGCCAUCACAGACUCCACGUAAAGGUGGAGAUGAAAAUAUAGAAAUAGAUAGGAACAGAAGUCGUCUUAAUGCUAUAUUGGAAAGGAAGGACAGUAAAGAUCCUUACUUGCCUUCAGGCUACCAAAAAGGAGUUUUACCAAAAUAUCUCCGAGAACGGAAGGAGCAGACACAAAAAGAUUCUGAAGUAGUCAGUGAUAGUGACAAUAUUCAGUGUCCACCUGGACAUGUCACCUUACCUGAUAAUGAGAGAAAGGAAACACUUCGGAUGCUACGAAAUAGUUUUGCGGAACUUGUCAAUGAUUUAAACAAAUUGCCGGUCAAGACUGACACUCUCAAGAUGCGCAACAAAAAGAUGGAAUUAGAGAAACAACUGGCAAAAUUAGAAGAGGGUAUAAAAGUUUUUUCACGACCAAAAGUUUUUGUCAAAAUUGGUGAAUAAUACGACAGGGUUGUUGUUGAUCUCCUAAGAAGCGUUUGGAAUUAAAUAAAAUCUUAGUUUGUGAACACAAACAAUAUUUUGAAUAACUAAUAUAAAAAAUUAUAUUAAUCAAGAAGAUUCAAACUAAUUCUUUUAGUGUUCAUUAUUCUGAUUAAUAAAUGUCACUAUAAUUUCAAAAUGUCUUAAAAUUUGUUGAAAUUUAAUGUUUUCAAAUAGUCAUUUUCACAUGGGUAUUUUAGAAUAAAUUAACUGUUUUUUCGAACAAGUUAUCCGUCCAUAAAUUGUAUGUAAAAAAAUACUUAAUUGAUCUCAAUCUGUAAGUUAAUUUCCUUUAUAAUGUUAGUCUCACAAUAAUUGUUAGUUACUUGUUGUAUUUUUGAAAAUAUAUAUGAAACCUCUUUGUA